AUGCCCCCAAAGUCCGUAGCGGGGGACGAGCGCCUCGCAGGGAACGAAUUGCUGCACAAGAUAUGGACGUUGCUCCAGAAUAUCGACCCCAAGGAUCCAAUUCCAAGACAGGUUUACAAGCACGUCAAAAAGUUAUCGCCUUUGGGGGCCGUCUGCGUCGUCACGGGCCUAGGAAAUGCGAAUUUCGGAUUGCAACUAGCUCAUAUGCUGGCUCGCGCCCUGCCCCUCGAUAUGGUUAUGCUGGUGGAGCAUUACCUCGGUUUGAAGACAGGAGCAUUGUAUCUGCACACACCACGAAACCUUUGCUAUAUGACGAAGACAAUGCAUGCGGCGCACGACAAUUUCGCUGCAUUCUUCUGCCCUUCACUGGAAGUCCUCAGGAUCAUGCUGCAUGCGGUGACGAAUCACGGCCUUCCGCUCGGUCAAGUCGAGGUCCCGGACGGAGUCGAAACAAACGAGCACGGUUUUGUCAUAUAUACACACACGCUGCCCGACGGACUGUACGAGUACCGAUUCACGCCUGUCAUGGGCGAACUCAAAUCCGACGACACCUGGUCACCUACCUUGUUCAUCACCCGCCACGCACAAGACUCGGAUGAACUUUUCGAUCACAUAUAUCCGUUCGAAGGCGAGGACUCUCUUCCGACGAUUCAGCUGCCCGUCCACCCUUACUUCAUGGUCAUGCACGCCUAUCGCGCUCUGCGCAAACCGCGCGCCGAAGUCCCGCGAACGCCCAGUCAUCUUCAGGAAGAAGUCGAACUCAUAACGGCCAUUGGCGAUGUUCUGGACAAGGAAUAUACCGAGACUUACAUGCCUUCUGCCGUACCUCCGAGCCCUCAAACAUUCGAAGUCGUCGAGGACAAUAUUCUAUCUGGCACGGCUCGGACGCGCUCGCAACUUUCACGAGCCAACACCGACAAUUCAUCACAGGUGUCAUUGGCGUCAGGCUCAGGACCGUCGCUUCACCGUAACCCGUGA